AUGGUUUAUGACAACGCUGCUAUAAAACUCCGCGGGCCGGAUGCUUUAACUAACUUCGUAACGCCUCCGACCAAGGAUAUGCCGGAGACGAUCGAUACUUCAGUUUCCGGCUACGAGUCCGGCGAUGAGUCUCGAAAUCUUUUAUCUCCGACUUCUGUUCUCCGGUACAGGACCAGCCAGUCGAGUGAAAAUGACACCGAUCAACAAUCAGCGUCCGAACCGUGUCAGGAAGUGGGCAAAGAUGCUGAACCGAGUGCCCCUGUCGGCAUACCGGACCGGAACCAAACGGUUAAUGAAACUGAUUCAAGUCACGGUCCGGUUCAGGUGGUUCAAGAGUGUGAAGGGGAGACAGGUAUGGUACCCGACUAUACUAAUGACUAUUUAUCAAUGGACAUUCCGUUCCUAGACGACUUCUUUAAUUUCCAACCUCAAGAAAAUACAUUAUUCGACGAUGCUCAAAUUUUGGCCGAGGAUUUCAACAUGGCAUUUGAUGACAUUCCAGCAUUCAUGGACAUUUCACAAGGAUCAGACUUUGGGGAUUUUAGUUUUAAUAGUUCAUUUCAAGAUCUCAAUUCAAUAGAAGUUGAUGACUAUUUCGUUGACAUGGCCGACUUUGCUAGUGCAGACACACUUCUAGCAAUAUGA